AAAUUGAAUUCCCUUCAGAUUUCGAAAUGCCCAGAGUUAGAGAUAUGAUGUGGCAAGAAGAGUGGUCCUGAGUGGCACAAGAUUUUUCACAUUCCAACCAUCUACAUGAAUAAACAGUUCAUAUAAUCACAAGAUUCAGGUUUUUGAGAGGCAAAUGGUGGAUAGGAAAGAGGAUUUACAGAAUUCAGAGAUGAACUCCAGCAACAAGAACCAAGACUCUACCUUCAGUCAUCUUAGUCCACUUAAAGUAUCAGGGAAGGCCAUAGAAGGAUGACUGCGGCUAGAGGUUUCUCUUUAGGGUGUUCUUAAGGUACUUUGACCAUAGAGAGUCAUUGUACAAUGUUCUCUUAAAUGAGAGGUGUAUCUUUUUAUUAUUGUUCCAAUUUUUUUUAUGUUUUGUGUUUGGCAAAACUUGAGACACAGUCAUUGUACUAUUCAAUUUAAUAGUGGAUUUUCUUGCGGUUUUAGUCCUGUGUUUUUCCCCUCCACAGUGGAAGAAUAACAGUCUUGGUCCCUGACUCUUGGAUUCCGUGCAAGUUGAUCAUCAUAUUUCUGAGCUUUGCAAUUUGCUCCUUGAUCAAGAAUGGAGAAAAUCUCACUUGAGCCUUUAAACUUCUGAUUUAUCCUUAGAUCCUCAUCUUUUCAGCUCUUUGCAUUUAAGUCCUUUUUCUUCUAAUUCUCUCCAUUUAGUCAUCAAACCUUUAAUUACCAAAAUUUUGCACAACAUGAAUAGAGUGAACAAUUAUGA